GCGCAUAAUGAAAGUGGCAGCCAUACAAAGAAGCCACGAAUUUUAAGGUUAUGCGAAUAUAAUGUGUAGUACUGCUAUUACUACUACUACUACUACUACUACUACCAUAAAUGUAAUGUGCAUAAUGGAUAUUUAACAUAAUAGCCAUCCAUGGAGUUGUGAAACGUGGCAUUAUCACCAUGUAUAAGAUGAAAAUACCGUGCAUGUUCUUUAAAUUAGAUAUAGUUGGCCAAUUUAUGCGUGUAAAGAGUUGCAUGAGAGGUUUCUCAGCGGUUCCUGAAGUUUCUAAGGAAUGUAACGGAUCAAAAAUGCUAGCAUGGCAAAUACACGGUUAUGGGGAUUUGGAAGAAUUAAAACUGUCAAAGACAGUACGUAUACCCCACAUGAAAGGUCCAGAUGAUGUGUUGAUUCAAAUAGCUGCAACAUCAAUAAAUCCUAUUGAUUUAGCAAUGAUGGGUGGCUAUGGGUCAGUGUUCCUAAAUAAAGCAAGGCAACUUGAAGCAUGUAGCUUCUCUGAAAUAGUAGAAUUUCCAUUAGUCCUUGGACGAGAUUUCUCAGGCAGGGUUUUUGCAAAAGGGCUAGGAGUUGGACAUGAUAUAAAUAUUGGAGAUGAAGUUUGGGGAGCCCUUCCUCCACACCUACAAGGCUGUCAUGCACAGUUUGUACGAGUUAAUAAGACUUUGGUACAUAAAAAACCUCACAAUGUGACUCUAGUGGAAGCAGCGUCUGUUCCAUAUGCUGCCAUGACUGCAUGGUCAGCCCUGAAGGUGACGGGUGACUUGUGUUUGAGUCCUGCUAAAGGCAAGCGAAUGUUGGUUCUUGGUGGUUCCGGAGGGGUUGGUACAGCAGCAGUCCAGUUGCUGAAGGCAUGGGGAGCUCAAGUUGUCACAACUUGUCGUCCUGAUGCAGUUUCUCUGUUGGAAUCUUUCGGAACAGACUGUGUUAUUGAUUAUACACACCCUGAUGCAGAGAAGCAGAUCAGGGAAGAGGGCAAAUAUAACAUCAUCUUGGAUGCAGCAGGUCUGGGUGCAGAUGCAGGGCCAAAAUAUGCAGAUUGUCUAAAAGACUGGAACCUUUCAAAGUUCAUCACACUGAGGUCUCCAAUGUUACGAAAUAUUGAUGAGCAUGGCAUGGUUGUUGGUAUGAUGAAGAAUGCAGUGGAUCUGGCAGUCACAAACGUGAAAACAGGUCUCACAAGUCAAUGUAGCACUGUUAGAUGGGGAUUCUUUCUUCCAUCAUCAGAUGCAAUUAAAGAAAUUACUGCAUUAGUGGAACAAGGCAAGAUAUCCCCAGUUAUUGAGAAAAUAUUUCAAUUUUCAGAGUUACCAAAGUCAUAUGAGAGAAUGAAAUCAGGUCAUUUGAGAGGCAAAAUAGUUAUCAACAUAGGUGAAGAGAAGUAUUCUUGAACUGCUCCACAAACCAGAAUGCAUCAUCGUCAGUUAGUGACAUGCCAGUAUGUCACCAUCAGAUAGUACUAGAUUCUAUUUUCUACAUAUUCUUGCUAUGUAUACACUGGUGGGAAAUUCUGUAAUACCGGUUUAAUAUCUUUUGCUUCAAAUGACAUUGGGUAUGCAUGAAUGAUGUCGAGGUACCAUGAAAUCUAUGUAUGUAUACAAUAUUGUGAAAUUAUAUUAAUAUACUGUAUUAUUUUUACUGAGAAUUACAUUAUUACUUUGGUUUAGAA